AGGGUGAGAGUGGAAAAAAAGGCGACAAUAAAAUCGGCUAUUGCACGCUGCCUGCUCAUUACUUCGCGUUCUCCGCUCCAAGCAAAACAUCACACACAUACAGCAACCAUGUCUCUACAGUCGGACGCCGUUUUCCAAAAGAUCAUCGAUGGCCUGAAGGAGAACGAGGCCAAGGCCAAGGCGGUCAACGGUGUGUUCCUGUACAAAAUCACCAAGGACGGCAAGGUGGCCAAGGAGUGGACCCUGGACUGCAAGAGCGCCAAGGCGUACGAGGGACCCGCCCAGGGCGUCAAGGUCGACACCACUCUGACCGUGGCCGAUGAGGAUAUGGUUGACAUUGCUCUGGGCAAGCUCAAUCCCCAGGCUGCUUUCAUGAAGGGCAAACUGAAGAUUGCUGGCAACAUUAUGCUUACCCAGAAGCUGGCGCCGCUCCUCAAGACCGAUGCGAAAUUGUAAGGAGCUAACGAGACGGAGGAGGAGGAGGAGCAACAGGAGCAGCCCGCACAACAUUCCUCAGCAAAAAUUAGUGUGUGUGUGUGUUCAAUAUGAAUAAUUUUUUUUUCUGUGCAUGUUGUGUGUGCAUUCUCGUGUAAUCUGUAUUCGUGUUUUUGUUUCACUACAUAAUUAAUUUACUAAUGUUAUUUUUGUACGGGAGAAAUCGUGGACAAAGAAAAACUAUAAAAUAAUACAUAAGGCGAACUAUCGAACAAUAUA